AUGGCGGUGGAUAUCUUGAGAAAGAGAUUCGGUAAUACACAGGAAAUUAUUGACUUGCAUUACAGUCAGCUUAUUAACAUUCCAAUCGCUACAAGUAAAGUCAAUAGUUUACGAUGUUUGCUUGAUGGUGUUGAUCAACAUAUAAGGAGUUUGGAAGUUUUAGAAGAAAAUGUAAACCAGGACAUAGUAGUAUCUAUAGUCAAAUCAAAGUUGCCUGAAGAUGUGCUAGUACAUUUGGAAAUACAAAAUGGAACUGACAAAAGAUGGACGGUACGUACGUUAAUGGAAAAAUUGUAUGCUUACAUUGUAGCACGUGAAAGAGCCCUAACAGGAGCUUCUAAACAAAGAGACAAUACAUCUUCAAAAACAUUCAACGCAAGGUCUUUCACACAUACAAAAGCAGAAAGUACAUAUUACAAAGGACCGGUACAGAAAACAUCAACGCAGGCGCUAGUUUCUACUUCUAGACAACAACGGAAGCCAGUCAGCACCGUCGUGCAUCCAAUUAAACGGUGCCGAUAUUGUAAUCAAAAUCACUGGAGCGAUGAGUGUACUACAUACAAGACAAUAAGUGAAAGAAAAGAUCGCAUAAAAGGCAGUUGUUUCAGGUGCCUAAAGGAAGGACAUUUAUCUUUAGAUUGUAAAUCAAACAAGAAGUGUGUGUACUGUGACAAAAUGAACGCCCACCAUCGCAGCUUGUGUCCAAAGAAGUUCACCGUCCAACGGACAAUUUCAAAUAUGUCAACAGAUGUUAUAUCUGAUAAAGCAGCAGAAUCAGAUACAAUGACAAACUCAUUUCAUGUAAGAAAUGAUAAUGGACUAAUGUCAAUGAACGAAAUGGUUCUUAUGCAAACUGCACUAACAAAAAUAAAAAACCCAAGUGAAAGAACUGAUACAGAAGUACGAGUAUUACUUGAUUCUGGGUCGCAUCGAAGCUAUAUUUCAGAAAAAUUAACUCAAAGGUUAUGCCUAAAAGGGGAAGGUGAACAAGAAAUCCAUGUCGUGACUUUCGGGAAUACAAAAGCAAAAACAAUUAAAACAAAAUACGUAAAGGUUGAUGUGAGGCUAAAUAAUGGUAAAUAUGUGCAAAUCACUGCCAAUAUAGUUCCUUUAAUUAGUGGUGAAUUACAGAGGAAACCAACAUCAGAUCUGUUUUCAGAUAGAGUGAAUGAUAUUCUAUCAACUGUACAAUUGGCGGACACCAUGCCAAAAGAAAGUGAAUCUUCGUCAAUUGAGUUCUUGAUUGGAAACGACUACUACCUAGACUUUGUAAAUGGUGAAAAAUUAGAACUUCAAAAUGGACUUUAUUUGCUUUCGUCUAAGUUUGGAUGGAUACUAAGUGGUAGAAUAAAGGACACAUACGAUGAUUCAAAUGACAAUAAUUUGCUUAUUCUAACAUAUGGCAGUAAACAGAACAGUACAAAUGCAUUCACUACUAUAGAUAAUGUACUAUCACCAAAGACAGAACUAGAAGACUUUUGGAACGUUGAAAGUAUUGGAAUUGUAGAUAAAGAGUCACAAAAAGAAGACGAUCUAGUCAGGGAAGACUUUACUAGAACGCUUAAGUAUGAAAACGGCAGAUACCAAGUAAAGUGGCCGUGGAAAAAUGAGUGUCCCGAUUUACCGACAAAUAGAGAUUUAGCAUUAGGUAGAUUAAAAUCAACAGUAAAUCGUAUGAAAAACAAUCCAGACAUACUAACAAAGUAUCAUAAUGUGAUUCAAGAUCAACUCCAGAAAGGUAUAAUAGAAGAAGUCAAACCAAAUAAAUCAAACGGUACUGUGCAUUACCUAGCUCACCAUGGAGUCAUUACACCACAAAAAACAACAACCAAACUUCGGGUAGUAUACGAUGCAUCGGCAAAGACUUCAAAAGAAAAUAACAGUCUGAACGACUGCUUGUAUCGCGGUCCUGUUAUGGUUCAUGACUUAUGUGGAAUAUUGUUGAGAUUUCGAAAACAUCCGAUCGCAAUUGUAGCCGACAUCGAGAGGGCGUUCCUUCAAAUAGAACUUCAAAGAGAUCAACGUGAUGUUACAAGGUUCUUAUGGUUAAAAUAUAUUGACAAUCCAAUGACUAACGCAUGUAACAUACAAGAGUUUCGCUUUUGUCUGGUACCGUUUGGAGUUGUGUCAAGUCCUUUUCUUCUUGGUGCCACAAUUGAACAUCAUCUUGACACUUUUCAUAAUGAAAUAUCAAACAAAAUAAAAAACGAUAUCUAUGUGGAUAAAAUGAUAACAGGUGCAAAAGACAUAACAGAAGCGAAGAUUCUUUAUAAAGAUGCAAAAACUAUAUUCAAUACUGGAUCUAUGAAUCUAAGAGAAUGGGCUUCAAAUAAUAAAGAGGUCAAUUCACUCUUUUCUCCUGAAGACCGUGCAGAAGUGAAAUCAAUGAAAGUGCUAGGGCUUGAAUGGAACUUGGAAAGUGAUACUCUUUCAUAUCUUUCUGCAAAAAUGCUAUGCCAUAGUCUUCAUGCUACCAAAAGGGAAAUUCUAAAAUACAUUGCAUCCAUUUUCGAUCCACUAGGCUUGAUUAGUCCUGUUAUCCUUGAUGCUAAAUAUUUUCUACAAGAACUGUGGAAUAAACACCUAGAGUGGGAUGAUGCCCUCAGUGAUGAUGAUCAAAAGAAAUGGAUCUCAUUAGAGAAACAACUGAUGAAUGUGGAACAUGUCUGUAUACCAAGAUCUAUAUCUGCAAACUGUUCAAAACUAGUUGAAUAUCGCAUUGUAUGUUUCUGCGAUGCACCACAAAAAGCGUACGCUGUUGCAGUUUACUUACAUCAACGGUCAGAAGAUACAACAAAAGUAGAUCUCAUCUUUUCAAAAAACACAUUUAGCACCUUUAAAAAAGCUCUCAAUUACAAGACUAGAACUCUUAGCUCUUGUUAUAGGUUUACGAUGUUUACAGUUUGUUAA